AUGGUUGAUCAGGAUAUGUUCUUACUUGAGUUCCUUCAGCACGAGGGCAGAGGUGAUUAUGGUGGUAUCAGUGUUUGCUGGCACUGCCAUCUCAAUGUCCCUCAGAUUUUGCUGUACUGUAAGGACUGCAUUGUCUCCUUACACACUCAAAAUCCAGUACAUCACAUUCAAGAAUGGGCAAACUCUUGUUUCACGGCGGUGUCGCUGAAGGACCUGGGCCUGCGCGUGCAGCUUGGCCAUUUUGCAGGAGAUUCUUGUUUGUUAUCCAAAUGGACAUUCAACGAUGAGUUCACCCUCAUUGAUACUAACGGUAUUCAUAACAUUGGACUGGAUUUCUGUGGUUGCAAGACAGCUCAAUCACACACCAAGCAAUUACUAUGUGCUGCUUGGUUUCCAGCUACAACCGUUAGUCCACGUACAGCAGCAACCUUCCGCAUCCUUGAGCAAUACCACCUUUUAUCAUUUGAGUCGAAGGCUUCUGGAUACGAAUUUUAUCACUCGAUUGCACAUCUGAUGGAUAAUACAGGACUUCAUCCUCAAAAGAAUCGUUAUGAGGCAUUCUUACAGAUGGUCCGUGAAUGGUGUCACCUCAAGAUGCUCAAGCAAGCAGGCUGUGGACACGAUCCAGCUGGUGUGGCUAAUACACAAAGUGGCGAAUGUGCCAUUCUAUGCCCCGCAUGCCCUCAACCUCUCAAAAACCUUCCAAACAACUGGAAAGACAUUCCAAAUGACAAGAGACGUAUCAUAUCCAAAGAUAGUGCAGACCCUGGGCUUGAUGAGAUGGCAUACAAGGCAUACUUACUAUAUCAUGGUGGUAAGCCACAAGAGAGAAGUACCUGCGCAUCACAUAAUGCAGUCAAUAUGGCAGACACGAAGGCUUCUCAGGGUCUGGCUGCGACUGGAGUGGGGACAAUAGAUUGCGCAUGGCACAACAUGAAGUUACCCAAUGUUUCAUAUGAUAUCGCCUGCCAGUGGCACAAACACCUUUGGGAACACAUGACUACAAUCCCUCUAAACCUCCAUAUAGACCCUCUUACUAAAUUCAUUAGGUCUUUUGUGCCAAAAUUCCAUCUUCCUGCACAUGUUUUCAAAUGCCAAACAUCGUAUUCUUUCAAUUUUUCAAAGAAUGUUGGACGCACCGAUGGCGAAGCGCAUGAAUGCAGAUGGUCAAACAUCAACCCCGUAGCCUCUAACACACUCGACGACCAUUUCAGAGACUGGAACUGGAAGAAGGUUGUGGGACUUGGUAUGUUUUGGCUGCAACUCUGCACUCACAUGUGCCACACUCCUUCGCAAAUGAUUGAGGCCAAGGAGGAAUGGGAGGCGCAUCACACAGUAUUUCAAGAACUCAACGAGGCUCUGGCACUGGAGAUGACAGAGGCCUGGAAGGUUGAAAUUGAAUCAAGGGAAGAGAACCCGCAUGAUCUUGCCAUCACACAAGCUGCUGUCCGGCUGAAAUUUGCCCAGCUCGAGGCAUCUGAGCUCCAACAAGGAACCGACAUUUCCAUGCAUGCUGACGUGUCCCCUAGCAUAUUUAUUGCAUCGGGGAUCGAUCUUGAGAAUGAACAACGACAUCUGAAAGUAGACAUUGGAAAACAGGGACUGCAUACCACAGAUAUGCAAAUGGCAGCAAUUCAACGGCUGUGGAAUUCUUUACAGUGUAAGAUCGAUGCCUGGAAGCGCAUCCAGACUCUCUAUACACCUGAAGUACGGCUACUUGACUCCACACUUGACCCUCCUUCUUGCCAUAUGCCCAAUAUAAUCACACCUGAAGAUACUAACCUCUGGCUCCCAUCAGCUCUCUGCAGCAAGUCCAAGGCUCCUAAUACCCGACUCCUCUCGACCGAGUGGGACUAUAUGUACUCAUUCAAAAAAGAUUGGAUUCGAGGUCAGAGCGCCAAUACUCAAGCACAGAAUGCUCUCGGUUGUGUUGAAGCAAAGGCUGCAGCUGCAGCAGAGAGGUACUGUGCAGCUCACACAGCUCUCUUGUCUCUCACACCUGUGCUCGGCAAGGUCAGCUGGAAUCACAAGUUCAAAGUGCUUGAGAAGGAUGAUGUACAUGGGAUGUCAGCUCCAAGACAUGCAGAGAGUGAAGUGGAAGGUGUCGGAGAUGAUCAAGAUGACGCAAUACAAGACGGUCUUAGGAUCAAAUGGUGUAAAGCCCAAGCCAGGUCCAUGCACUGGACAGAAGAAGUAGAGCUGCUCCGGGAGGAGAUGCGUAGGGUGUCCUGCUUCCUUAGGUGGCAUGCAGGGUGGUGGAAAGAGAAGGUCACUGACAACGAGGGUCUGGUGGCCUAUGAAGGUCUGGUGGCAUAUGCCUGUUGCCAGGCUCAGCUUAGGCAAGAUCUGGCUGACUGCUUCGAGAGGAUUUGGGCAAUUUAUCUCCCAUCUACUAGCAUGAUGUUAAUGCAAUACAUGUAUCUUGUCACUACAAUGUACAAUGCAUUACCUCCCCAUGAACUUGUGGAAUCUCAGCAUGAAGAUAAAUGCCACUCAGUAAUCAGUGCCAUGCAAAUCUCAGCACAAAGAUGA